CCAGCCAGAUGCAACAGAGCGCCGAGCAGGUUUAAAGCCGCGAGUCGCACGAGCCCGAAGGCCAACGGCGAUGAGCCAGCAGCGCGGUGCAGUAAAUUAUAUGUUGCCGGCAUCAAGGCCAGCAAUCCGAGCCAAAGACAGAGACGUCGAAAAGCCCUGGCACUAUCGGGACCAUCCAUGGUGAUGAUCUCUGCCAUCCCUUGGGCCAUCGCAAUGGUCAGGAACAAUAGGCAUACCGAGCGGGCAUAGAUAGGGAUGGCGCUUUGUAGUACUACGACCGGGAUGGCCGAGGUAUGUAUCAGAAGGAGUGUGCCGACAAACUCGAUCUUCUGCCGCGAUCUGGUGUCGUUCCCGUAGAUGAUGCAUAUCAAUCGAUAUACUAGUCUGCAUAAAGACCACAAGAUCGCCCCUCCACAGUAGAAAAUAACCCCUUGGUUACGACUGAUAGCAUCAGCCUGUGCCGGAUAUCGAAAGAUGAGGAAGGAGGUGAGGAAGAGCGCAAAGUAGGAGAGGCCGAAGAGAUGGAGACAAACGAGGAUCACGCCAUCUCGACGGAAGGAUAGACUGGACUCCAUGUUGGUACUGUAACUCGGAAUGCGAAGCCAAGGAAUGCUGGAUGUCCCCAGAGACCAGACGGAGACAAAGUAUUGCUUUUAAAUUGAAGCCAGAGACAGACCGGCACCGAAUUAUCGUGCAUCAAUAAUCUCACCAACGCGCCGGAGUUGCACGGCAGAAAAGCCCGGGCAGGGGCGCUUAUUGAUGGGCCAGAAGGAGGACAUGCUCGUGGUGCCCAGUCCCUCGCUAAAGGCAUGACCGAGCAUGUCAUUUAGAUAGGAUGUGCAAUUCGGCUUCGAGGCAGGAACGCUCACCUCAUUUAAGUGACGGUACAAGGCGAGCCAUGGAAACGAACCCUGUCGUGUCUACCGUAUAAAUUCCAGACACAACGGAUGUAUUCACCCACUGCGGUCGUCUUCACCGGUCAACAUGGCAGCCUGGCUGGACCUAGUCCACGACUCGGCCGGCUGGGCCUUGGUCGACACCGGUCGGAUGGAUCAGAUCGUGCAAGACAUGAGCCAUCCGGCUACGCAGUACCCUUCUCUCGUUUAUUUUCUAGGGAAUACCAAUCGCGUGCCGGCACUCCGCUCACUGUUUCCCCAGAACAACAUCACCCGUCGAGGGCCAGCUGGUCUGGUUCGGCUCCAUCUCAGUACCACCACCGCCAGCACCGAGCAUCCGAUAUGGUUCGCGGAGAGCGGGUUUCAGGACUCGACCGCAGGCCAUUUCAACAUCCGGCUGGCAUCAGCAGACCAUCAUAGACACUAUCCCCUGCCCCCAAUGACCGGUGGCUCGGCUAUGGACCUGAAGCAUCACGUAUGGCGACGGGUCCUGUUCCCUUGGAUGAGUGUGCUAUGUCUGUUUGUGGAUGGCUCGGCCGAGCUCCAAGCGGCCCACGAACUGUUGGAUCGAUCGCCCACCGAGAUACACGCUGGGCGUCAUUCCACAUCAUCCACCGGCAUGCGCGUCAUCAUGGUCCUGAUCGAUCCCAUCGCCGAAUAUCACACGGAUCCGUGGGAGGUUCUGUCGUCUUGCUUCCCCGAUCCUGACACCUCUGAUCCGUCAAUUUCUAUCCUGGAUCUUCGAGAUCGCCACGACCUAUCUCCUCGCGCCGCCUUUGAGCCGCUGCGGCGUACCCUGCUGGACCAGAUCCAGAUCAGCCGGGACCAGCGGAUGCAGCAGGGUUUACUCUUCUCUGCCCAGCAUUUGAAUCAUCUCUGGAAUCGGACCCUUUGUGGGGGCCAGCUAGUGGCUCCCGAGGCCCGCAUCGAUUGCCUUCAGAUCGCCCGGGAGAAUCUGCCUGUCGAUCCAUCGCUGGGUCACCGUCUUGCAGAAUUUCUCGCUUACGCGUCACGGGCUGGCUGCCCACCACAUGACAUCCACACCGUCAUAGCAUCCGCGCUGCUGAUAGAUGCUUACCCUCCUGGCAUGCACAGGUUCCGGACGGACGACGUCUACGACAGACUCUAUCGAGAGCACUGCCGGGCAGCGUGGGAAAUCCACCAAGACCCUCACCCGGAUCGGCAUUGUGAUGCGGUGCACAAGUAUUUGGCGCAGUUUGUGGAGCAACUGGGGCCGCGACACUCGUCGGUGGCCAUCCGGAGGGAAACACUCACCGCGGUUGGGACCCAGUGGCCGGGGAUCUGUCUGCCGACCAUCUGCUGUUUUUGCCUCUCCAGAUCGGUCGAGCACACGUUGCUGUGUCGGCAUGCGAUGUGUGACACCUGCCUGACAAUCCUCGGCAGUCCCAGCCGCAGCGCCGAGUACCAUGUGGAUCUCAGCCGAUGUCCCUGGUGCCAAGAGGCCUGCGAUCUCACCGUGCGUCAGCUUCCCCCGACGAAAGGUGCCGUAGUCGUGGCCCUCGAUGGGGGCGGAAUCCGCGGCCUGGUGACUCUGGGCUUGUUGCGGGCACUGGAAAGGCGAUUGGACGGCGCGAUGUCUAUUGCUGAGGUCGCCGACUACAUCAUCGGUACCAGCGUAGGCGCCUUCAUCACCGCUGAUCUCGUGUAUAACGGGACAUCCGUCGAAGAGGGAUAUCACAAGUUCCCAGCAUUUGCGCGAAAAGCCUUCCAGCCCUGCGGACCGGCCUCGAGACUCUGGCCGUGGCUGGCGGCCAUCGUAGGCAUCUUGAAAGACGGGUAUUAUGACACCACCAGUCUUGACCGCAUCCUCAACGAGCUGUUGCCUUCAAGACUGCGACUCUUCGACCUCCCGGCCUUCAUCCCGGCGGGGACUCGAGUCGGUGUGGUUGCGAGCCGAACGUCCGACGGCAAGCCCAUCCUCUUUCCGAAUUACCGCGGCGUAGGAUCCAGAUCGGAGAAGCUACCGUACGAGGUGGUGCAGGCGGACAGCGAGACACAAAAUCCCCGGUUACAGGACGUCGUUGGCGCUAGUGUUGCAGCCCCGUGCUUCUUCCGGCCCAGGGACCUCCCAGAUUGGGGCACCUUGCAGGAUGGUGGCGUCCGAGCCAACAACCCGAUGGGCAUCGCUCAGGAGGAGUGCCGGGUGAUCUGGCCCUCGCGGCGCACCCAUGAUCUGCUCAUCAGCGUCGGAACCGGGUACACACCCGGGACGGGGGGUACGGGCGAUCCACCUGGUCGACAGUUUCCCGCUGGCUGGGGGCCCGUGCGGCUCUGGCGCGCGUAUAAUUCGUCGCCGUGCAUGGAUGGCAUGGAGGCCUACGGGGAGGGGCGGGUGCACGUUCCAUCCUCCCUGCGAUCGAACACCAUCCGCCUCGACCUUGCUUUGGACGGGGAUCUCCCGCGGCUGGAUGACGUGGGCAAGCUGGAGGAGAUGGCGGCUCUUCCGUUCACCGUACCCGAUGAGCUCGUGCGAGCGGUGUUGGCCACAUGCUUUUUCUUCGAGCUGGAUGCUCCCCCAUCGCGAGCUGACGGCCAGUAUCGCCUGCAUGGGUCGAUUCUGUGUGCGCGGACGCGGUCCCGACGGGUCGUGGACCGGGUGCUGGUUGAAUUUCCCGGGGCUCGCUUCUGCAGUGGCCGGGGUCACUCUCUGGGUCGAGUGGAUGACGACGAUGGGUGUUUUCUCUGCGGCUAUUACCGCAAACAGGUGACGCUAUCCGUGCCAAGCCUGGACGAAGAGAUCACGAUUGCGCUCGCCAGCCUGGCACAGCAGCGUCCCAUUGGCGGUUUUCCGAAGACCAUACGACAGUUACUGCACGAUCAACAGGCGGAGGCCGUGUUUGGGCGACCGGACCACCAGGAUGACCGCUGGCCGCCGCGGCGGUCCUGCUACUGCGUGAAGAUGACCAAACGGCGGGUGCAUUUUGUGGAACCGGCGCCGCAGCGCAAGAAGCGACGGCUAUGA